AAACAGCGCGGGCAACGAAAGAGUUGCAAUGGUGAAAUGCGAUUUCAAUUGGACCAUCGAAAUUUAGAAGAAUAAUGUUAUUUAACCUAUUAUUUAGCAUUGGUCAAUUUGGAUUGUACAUCCAGUAGUGUGUCUUCUGUGUAUCUCUAUCUUGUUCAUAGAGAACAGCUAAUUCUUGUAAACAAAUCAGAUCUACUUUCCCACCACCAUAGAUCUUACCCACUCAAUUCUCACAUUCUUAGCUACUCAAAAUCCAGAUGCUUGACCAUGCAUAGCUUCUCUGAUUUGGUGAAUACGUACAGUUCAAUACAUUUUUCAGAUCCGAAUAGGCCCACCUUCUCCUCAUCCUAAUGGGUUCUUCACAGUCAAUACAAAUACCCUCAGAAGAUGAACAACAAGAAGAUGAAGAUGAAGCCGAACACAAUAGCGAAAACGACAGAAGACAAAUGUUGGGUGAUGAUAAUCUAGUCAAGAAAGUUUUAGAACAAGAGCCCGAAAUGUUGCCGUGCCACGCUUCGGCUUCUCCACUUUCACCGCAGCUGUCCACUUAUGGAACGCCGCGAAUGGGCCCAUCGAUCAAGGUAUGGGACCCUUACAAUGUCCUGGCUCCUCCUCCGCCUUUGCCGCCACCGCCGCAGUUCUCUAGGAGCUUCUCCUCCUCCUCGGAUGCGGUGGAGGACGACCGGACGGUGACUGAGGUGUAUUUAAUCAGUCAUGGGGAAUGGCACAUGAAUUUGAGGCCGGAUUUGAUCGCGGGUCUCUGCUCUGAGGCGGCAUUAACUCCCAAUGGAAAGCGUCAGGCCAGGGCUUUAGCAGUGUUCUUGAAAUCGCAAGGGAUUCAGUUCAAUUCUGUUUAUACUUCGCCCUUGGAUCGGGCGCGCGCCACUGCUCUCUCUGUUUGCCAGGAGUUAAAUUUUUCCGAGGAACGGAUACAAUCUUCAGAUGCAUUGGUGGAGAUGAGUCAGGGACAAUGGGAAGGAUGCCACCGAACCGAAAUUUUAACCCCUGAAACAAUGAGCUUCAUGGAGAGAUUCCAGCCUGAUUUUUCUGCUCCGUCUGGAGAAUCACUGAGGCAGGUGGAAUUCCGGAUGGUUCAGUUCCUAAAUGGUACAGUUUUGGCAAUGCCUGAAAAAUAUAGAUCCAUUUUCUCCCCGCCAGAACAGAGUGAGAACCCGAUAUCUCAAAACCACAGUUCUCAUGCUCCUGCAAAUUUAAUUCCUGACCAAGAUGGGCCAUCUCUCCCUCCACACCAUUGGGAUUUGCUUCACAGAAAUCGACAAGGGCUUUUAAUGAAGAAAUCCGUUAAGAGCAGGCUUCAGAUCGUGACUACUACUGGGGACAAUGAGGCUGAUGACGAGAUGACUCCUCGAGUACCCAUUAAUGAGGGGUUGAUUCGUGACAUAAAUGUCAGGAGCACCCCUUCUUCCACAUCUUCGUGUGUUGGUUUUUUCACCCAUUCGGUCCCUAUCAAGUGCCUCCUGACCGGCAUCCUUGGCUGCAGUCCAGCAAUGUCACAUAAGAUUUGCAUAGAAGAUUCAUCAGUCACAGUUCUACAACACACGUGGAAACUCGGUUGGCAAAUCAAGAGAUCAAAUGAUACUUCACAUCUCAGGCUUCUGUAAUGAUAUUAUAAGAUUCUUUUCUGUAGAAACUGAGGAGAACGUGCAGUCACUUAUCCGGGGUGUAAGAUUUAACAUCACAUGUACAUGUGGUUGUGUUUUUGUUACUUGUAACCUUAUUUAUAUUUAUUUCCAGUUGAAAGAUAGUGAUGCUGGAGUCGGGAUUGUGGUCCUGAGUGAUUCUUUUGAUAUGUAGCAUUCACAUUCACAUGGUGAUUCUUAUUAUAUAAUUCCCAAUUUGAAAGGAUAAUAA